GUGAGGUGGUCGUGAUGGGUGCCAGCCUGCGCGGCGGCGGCGGGUAGCGGCAUGGGCGCGCCGGCGCACGCGGCCGCCGACGCCGAGUUCGCGGCGCUGGUGCGCGACUUCAGCGACUACUUCUACAGCAACGCCAGCUACAACGAGCCCAACAUCAGCGCCGCCAACUGCUCUUGGGCGUGGAACAACUCGUGGUGCGGCGGAGCGCCCGAGGCCUCCACGGGGCGGCCGUGGGCGCUGCUGCUGCUGGUGUUCCCCGCGCUGACGCUGUUUGGCAACGUUCUGGUGAUCGCGGCGGUGCGGCGCGAGCGCGCGCUGCGCAGCGCGACCAACUACUUCAUCGUGUCGCUGGCACUCGCCGACCUGCUCGUGGCGGUCGUCGUGAUGCCUUUCGGCGUUUACUAUCUGGUAAACGGGUCGUGGGGCCUCCCCGCGUUCGUGUGCGACAUCUACAUCGCCAUGGACGUCACGUCCUCGACGUCCAGCAUAUUCAACCUCGUCGCCAUUUCUAUCGAUAGGUACAUAGCAGUAACGCAACCAAUAAAAUACGCAAAACACAAGAACAACCGUCGCGUCUGGUUCACCAUCGUGCUGGUGUGGCUGAUCUCGGCCGCCAUCGGCACGCCCGUGGUGCUGGGGCUCAACGACACGCCGGACAGGAACUACGGCGAGUGCCUCUUCAACAGCCAGAACUACGUCAUCUACUCCUCGCUCGGCUCCUUCUACAUCCCCUGCAUCAUGAUGAUGUUCUUGUAUUAUAGUAUUUUUAAGGCUUUAAGGAUAAGAGCUCGGAAGCAGCGAGCGGCGAAGAAGCCUCCCGUGCCGGAGGGCAGCCAAGCCGUCGUCAUUGAAAACGUGGCGCAGACAAGAAGGCUAGCAGAAACUGCCUUGGACGCGGCCACCAACACUGGCUCCGGUAGCAACGAGGAUGACCAUGACAGCUUCGACAAGCGCUCCGUGGAGCUGGAAGAUGCGGAGGACUGUCAUGUCAUUCCUAACGACAAGUCCACGGAAUUUAUGCUCGCAGCUCGAGAGGAUCCGCCCAAGGUUCUGCUGAAGUCGAAGCUGAAAUCCGACCCGAACGGCAACAACGACAGCGGUUACGCGCCCUCCAGCGUCGAACCCGUCUCAUCCCCACCCAACUCUCCUGCUCCUGUCACCAGCAAGAACGGUGGCAUCGAGGAGACCAGAAACGCAUCACUAUUAGCAAUACGCUCCGAAGACGAACCGGACACAGUGAGUCAGUUCGGCGACUGCAAGAAGGAGCGAAAAGCCAGUGCCGCCACGGCGAGGUUCACCAUCUACAAGGCCAACAAGGCCAGCAAGAAGAAGAGGGAAAAGUCCUCAGCAAAAAAGGAGAGGAAGGCUACUAAGACCUUAGCCAUCGUUUUAGGAGUAUUCCUGUUCUGCUGGGCGCCCUUCUUCACCUGCUCAGUCCUCGACGCCGUCUGCUUCAAGCUGGGGCUCCCCUACAGCCCCGGCGUCACCGUUUUCAUGCUGACUACCUGGCUCGGCUACAUCAACUCCUUCCUCAACCCCGUUAUCUACACCAUCUUCAAUCCGGAGUUCAGGAAGGCCUUCCGCAAAAUUCUGCAUUGCGGCACCUAGCCCAUAGAUUAUUUGGUCGUCUUCACGCAAUAGGUCUCCAUGGUUUAAGAUGAAGCUUGAUUCGAAAUUU